AUGAUACCGGGGGAGUGUUUGGGCAAGGACGAUGAAGCUCUGGCUGCGGAUCCCGUCAAAUUCCGAAUUUCCCGGAGAAAACUCAACAGUGUUACAGGAGUUCUUGCUGGUUCCGAGAGCAAUCAGUACGAAAUGAUUAGUGCAAAGUUUUGCGGGAUUGAUACAGAAGAGGAGAAAGAGGAAGAAGAAUUGGAGUUGGAAUUGUCUAUAGUGAAUAAUUACGAAGAGGGGGGAGAGGAGGAUUUGUGGAACUAUCGCAAGUCCUAA